UGAUUUGUUGUGAAUUUCUGAGAAUAAUGUUCCCGCCAUAUUAUGGCAUUAAAUUACCGCCUUAAAUAUAGCGUAAAUUGACGUAGCCAUAUCCACAAAAGAUAACUUGUAAUUUAUCUGUCUUAACAGAGAGUUUUAUGUAAUAAAUUGGUUUUCUCGGUUUCUUUUAGUCCAUUCUUGCUUUUUGGAGUAAAACUCAUAAGGAACGCUACAUUAAAACAGUGAAACAAUAUUUACACAAUUUGAAAGAAAUUGGUGACAAUGAACGUAAAACGAGGUGCCUUCAUUGUUUUGGAGGGUGUAGAUAGGACUGGUAAAUCUACACAAUGCAGAGCAUUAGCUGAGGGGUUGACGAAGAAGCAAAUACAGGCAGAGAAUAUGAAUUUUCCGGCGAGAGAUACCGAAAUAGGGAAAAUGAUAAACGGUUAUUUAACAUCGAAGCAAGAUUUGUCAGAUGAGGUGAUCCACUUGCUGUUUUCAGCAAAUCGUUGGGAGUGUGCCAAGAAAAUCAUUCAGACCCUUAAUGCAGGCAUCAGCCUUGUUGUUGACAGAUAUUGUUUCUCAGGAGUAGCAUUUACAGCUGCCAAAGGUUUUGAUAUCAACUGGUGCAAGGCUCCUGAUGUAGGCCUCCCCAAGCCAGAUAAAGUAUUCUUCUUGACAAUGCCUCUAGACCAGAUCCAGCAACGGAGUGGAUAUGGCGGUGAAAGGUAUGAAAAACUGGAUUUCCAGAAAAAAGUAUUGGAGAAGUACAUGCAGCUGAAGGAUGAUAGUUGGGAAAUUGUGGAUGCAAACAGACCUAUCGCCACAAUUCAAGAGCAACUCCUAGAAAAGUCCCUGACUGUCAUAAAUAGUGUUCAUCACGUGCCCAUUGCCAAGGUGUGGACAAGUACAUAAUGAAUAUUAUGUAAUUAACAUGUAUUUUCAAAAUUCUGAUUUCACGUUAUGAAACUAUGUGUCAGUGCAGUUUAAAGUCCAGCAAGCAUGAUUAUUGAUUAAAUGGACUGAUGUCCUUCAUAUAAUAUGUUCAUAAGGUGUAGAUAAAUUUGCCAUAAGAAAAAAAAACCUACAUAUUUCAUAGAGCAAUGCUUCAAGGUUUCGUUUUUGUAAUUAUAUGAGUGAGCUUCAUCGGCAACGGCCGAAAAAGUUUCAAUGAUUGGAUGGAAAUUGGUUAUUGACGAUUCUUAGGACUUGGCAUUUUCGAAACAGCUUUCGUUGAAUUGAGCUCAGUCCUUAGCUUUUUAUUGAAGGAGACAUGAUGCUACUCAUACUGUGUUACUUAUUUUAGCAAGAACAGUUAAAGUUUUACAACGGGCAAUGUAUCGU